AUCAAGGGGCGAAUUCCGGAUGGAUUUGGAAACUUAACUAGCUUAUUAACCCUUAAUCUUAAUGGAAACAACUUGGUUGGGUCAAUUCCCACAUCAAUUGGCAACCUAAGAAACCUUCAGGGAUUGGGCAUACGGGAUAACAUGCUUACAAGAUUUUUUGGAGAUAGUCUAUGUAAAUUGCAGAGAUUGAGUGUUAUUUCCUUGGGUAACAAUCAACUUUCAGGAUCUCUUCCAAAUUGUUUAGGGAAUGUUACUUCCCUUAGGGAGAUAUAUCUAGGUUCCAACAAAUUGACUUCCAACAUACCAACAAGCUUAUGGAAUCUUAAAGAUCUACUGGUUCUUGACUUAUCAACAAACAACAUGAGUGGUUCUUUACCUCCUGAAAUUGGAAAUCUAAAGGCUUUGGCACAAAUGGAUCUAUCAAUCAAUCAAUUCUCAAAUGGAAUUCCUAGAGAAAUUGGAGGAUUACAAAAUUUGGAGAUACUUUAUUUAAGACACAAUAAGUUACAGGGAUCUAUACCUGCCUCAAUGAGCAACAUGGUAGGUUUGGAGUUCCUAGACCUUUCUCAUAAUAACAUAUCGGGAAUCAUUUCCAAAUCUUUGGAGAAACUUCAAAACCUGAAGUAUUUCAAUGUUUCUUUCAACAAAUUGUAUGGUGAAAUACCCUCGAGCGGUCCUUUCAAGAACCUUUCGAGUCGCUUUCUUUUUCAUCUACAAUGAAGCAUUGUGUGGUCCUUCAAGAUUUAAUGUCCCACCAUGCCCCACUUCAUCAAAGCACAAAUCAAAUAGGAAAAAAUUGCUAGUUCUAUUUCUUUUACUAGGAAUUGCACUUGUAUUUGUUCCUAUCACCUUUGUGUCUAUAUGGAUAAGGUAUAGAAGAGGUAAAAAAGCUCCUCAAAAAGUUAAUUCAUUGUCUAUCGCAACAACGGGAAGAAUUUCAUAC